GCAGGAAAUAAACCAUACUCAAGCCACACACAGUCGGAGCCAGUCGCUUGGGAGUUGGAAGGUGAUCGAACCUGUGGCGUGCUUGCGCCUGCAACUGUUCAUCGAAUUUGCGGCUCCUUAAGUAGACCAGAGGACUGGUCAAUUGCAUCGACGAUGGGUCUUCACUUCGGGAACCUGUAUAAACUGCGAGGAAUCGUCACGUACCGAUUGUCACCGUACGAGCAGCGUGCGUUCGCCGGCUUGAUCAAGCAGGGCAUCCCAAACGUUAUUCGCAGAACGAAGGACCAGAUACUAUACGUUCUGCCGCCCUUUGUUGUGACUUACCUCAUCUAUGACUGGGGCGAGCGUGAGCACAAGAAGUCGAUGCGCAAGAACCCUGCUGACUUUGCCAACGACAAGUAAACACGAGCUGAAGCUUUGCACUUGAGCUAGAAUUAAUAAACGUAACAUGUUCUGGGUUAUUUAAA